AUGGCAGAUUUUGAUAAUUUUAGGCAGCAAAUAAUAAACUCAAUUAAUAGAAUUCAAUUAGGUAUUUUAUGCAAAUUAAUUUAGAGAGAGGUGAUUAUAAUCAGAUUAUUUUGGACAGUGAGAAUAUAUUAAUGAAAAAUUGA